CUGCUUUUCUUAAAUUCAAAGGUAUUGUCAUUGGAUGUCGGUAUUGAUUUUUGAGUGAAAUGCUUUUAGAAAAACCUGUGUGUUUUAUUUACAUCAACAUUUUGGAUUACACCUGGAUCUUCUUCUUGACAUUAUGAGAUUGCCUCUCAAUUGAAAUAUGGCUGUCGGAGAUUAUCUUAUUGUUUGUGCCCGGUAUUGAUGGUGUGUAGAGGGCUAUUUAUGGGCUAAAUUGUGGCCUUUGAUGGGAGGCAAAGAGGAUGAGGAACCACCCUUGAAGCGCAUGAAGCUGUCUUCACUGGAGGCAGAGGCAGAGGCGAGGAAUAAACGAGAGUUGUCAUUGGACAUUCUAAUGGCCAAGUCAGUGGAAUUAUACGAAGAUGACACAGAGACAAAUACAGAGAUUUUGGGUUCCAAAGGACUGAUAAGGAGGGUGGAGUUUGUAAGGAUAAUAACACAGGCACUGUAUUCCUUGGGAUACCGGAAAGCAGGUGCCAUUUUGGAAGACGAGUCAGGAAUACCUCUUGAGUCUGAUAUUGUGAGCUUAUUUAGAAAUCAAAUACUUAAUGGAAAGUGGGAUGAAAGUGUCCUCACUCUGCAUCGAAUUGGUCAACUGGAGGAAAGCACGCUCAGUGCCGCCUCUUUUCUGAUAUUGCAGCACAAAUUCUUUGAACUAUUGGAUAGAGGCAAUAUCCCUGCAGCUCUAAAGACCCUUAGGUUAGAGAUAUCUCCACUCCAAAUAAACACACAAGGAGUUCGCGAGCUUUCAAGCUGCAUCAUAUCACCUUCAAGAUGUGAGCUGCUUGGAUAUAAAAAGCAUGGCGAUUCUAGCUUCCAUCAACGAAUGAAACUUCUCCAAGGCAUCCAACAAUUAUUACCGCCUUCUAUAAUGAUUCCAGAGAAGAGGUUGGAAUCUCUGAUUGAGCAGGCCCUUAAUGUGCAGCGAGAAGCAUGUGUUUUUCACAACUCUCUGGAUAAUGCACUUUCUCUAUAUACUGAUCAUCAAUGUGGAAAAGAUCAAAUUCCUACUAUUACAUUGCAGGUAUUACAGUCACAUGAGAAUGAAGUUUGGUAUUUACAAUUUUCAAAUAACGGAAAGUACUUGGCUUCCGCAUCGAAAGAUUGCACUACAAUAAUUUGGGAGGUAACCGAGAAUGGUGUUGUGUCAAUGAAAUGUAGACUAGCUGAACACUGUAAACCAGUUUCAUUUGUUGCUUGGAGCCCUGAUGACAAACUGUUGCUUACUUGUGGUAUUGAGGAAUUUGUCAAGCUUUGGAAUGUUGAUACCGGAGAUUGCAAGUGGACAUAUGAUAAAGCCAGCAGCGGUUUCACUUCCUGUGGGUGGUUUCCAGAUGGUACACGUGUAAUCUGUGGUGGUGUUGAUAAAUGCAUCUAUAUAUUGGAUCUAGAAGGAAAGGAGCUGGAUUCAUGGAAAGGACAACGAAUGCCAAAGAUAUCAGAUUUGGCUGUCACGUGUGAUGGAAAACAAAUAAUCAGCACCUGUGGGGAGAAGGAGAUUAUGAUAUACAAUUUAGAUACCAAAACUGAGAGACUAAUUGAAGAGGACAAAUCUAUAACUUCUUUAUGUGUUUCAAAGGACAGUAGGUUUCUCCUUGUAAACCUAGCAAAUCAAGAGAUACACUUAUGGGAUAUUACAGCUAAUUCAAAGCUAUUAUUGAAGUAUGAAGGCCACAAGCAAGGUCGCUAUGUUAUAAGGUCCUGCUUUGGUGGAUCUGAUUAUGCCUUUGUUGUCAGUGGUAGUGAAGACUCACAAGUCUACAUAUGGCAUCGAGGUAAUGGGCAGCUUUUAGCAGUUUUGCCUGGUCACUCGGGUACUGUAAACUGUGUAAGCUGGAAUCCUGUGAACCCACACAUGUUUGCUUCUGCCAGUGAUGAUUACACUGUACGCAUAUGGGGAGUGGACAAAAACAUUUUGAAGAGUAAGAGUACCAACUCUAGUAAUGGAGUAGUUCACCUUGCAAAUGGAAGGGCAUAAAAGAAAAUGAGAGGUGGCUAGAUGGACAAGAUGGUUGGGGGACAUUUGAUGGUUGGCGAUUUUACGCGACUUCUAACAAUAAAAAUUGAGAAUAAAUUUUUGUUUAUAUUAAGCUAAUAUGCUUCGAAGAGGAGUGUCGAUCCCUAUGUUCUUUAGAUUUAUGUUUUGAGAUUGACACGUGAGAGUGAUAUGUCAAAUUCUUUGGGAUACCACUCCAUGUGUAAGAUGGAUAUUUGCUAGCAUAUAUCUUCAUUUCCUGAGAAUAGAAAGAUGUCUGUUAAGUUGACAAAAUAACUGAAUAACAUGCUUUCUUAUGGUUAUCUCUAUAUUUUUUGUAUUUUAUGGCAUUUGAAGUUGUGGUAGGCUUUGUUGAAGCUUGUGCUCCCUCAUAUCAAUAAAAGCUUAGAUUCAUUUUGUUACA